GGCUGGGCGCCCUGGUUAAGGUGCGAGCGGGUCCGCCGUGGGCUCCGGCGCGCAGCGGAGAGGAGCGGAGCAGUCCGGCCCAGCCCAGCGCAGCCCGGCGCGGGCAGACGCGAGCCGGCGGGUGGCGGUGGCGGUGGCUCCCAGCCCGGCUGGUGCUGGGCCUCCGACCGAGCCGCGGCCGAGCGGGGCCUCGGCCCGGGCUCUGGGGGAGACCGCGGCGGCGGGCUGCAGGAGGAAGCGGCGGCGGCGCGUCCCGAGCCGUGCGCGCCAUGUCGGGCGGGCCCCCCAAGGCCCUGCCGUCCACUGGGCCCCACUCCCUGCGCGACAUGCCGCACCCGCUGGCCGGCUCCAGCAGCGAGGAGGCCGUGGGCGGCGACAGCACGCCCAGCCCGGACCUGCUGACGGCCCGCAGCUUCGGCGACAAGGAUCUCAUUUUGCCCAACGGUGGUACUCCAGCAGGCCCUGCAAGUCCAGCUUCUUCAUCUUCCCUUCUCAACAGACUACAACUUGAUGAUGACAUCGAUGGUGAGACCAGAGACCUCUUUGUCACGGUUGAUGAUCCCAAGAAGCAUGUCUGUACGAUGGAGACCUACAUCACUUACAGGAUCACCACGAAAAGUACUCGGGUGGAGUUUGACCUGCCAGAAUAUUCUGUUCGUCGAAGAUACCAGGAUUUUGACUGGUUGAGGAACAAACUGGAAGAAUCCCAGCCCACUCAUCUCAUUCCCCCACUUCCUGAGAAGUUUGUGGUGAAAGGUGUUGUGGAUCGUUUUUCAGAAGAGUUUGUGGAGACCAGAAGAAGAGCUUUGGAUAAAUUCCUGAAAAGAAUUACGGAUCAUCCUGUGCUUUCUUUCAAUGAACACUUUAAUGUUUUCCUCACUGCUAAGGACCUGAAUGCCCAUAAGAAGCAAGGGAUGGCGUUGCUGACUCGAGUGGGUGAGUCGGUCAAGCAUGUCACUGGCGGCUACAAGCUGAGGAGUCGGCCUCUUGAGUUUGCAGCCAUAGGCGAGUACUUAGACACAUUUGCGCUCAAGCUGGGAACCAUUGAUCGAAUAGCCCAGCGGAUCAUCAAGGAAGAAAUAGAGUACCUUGUAGAGCUGAGAGAAUAUGGGCCUGUGUACUCCACAUGGAGUGCAUUAGAGGGGGAGCUGGCUGAGCCCCUGGAGGGUGUGUCAGCCUGCAUCGGCAACUGCUCUACAGCCUUGGAAGAGCUGACAGAGGACAUGACAGAAGACUUUCUACCUGUGCUCAGGGAAUAUAUUUUAUACUCUGACUCCAUGAAGAGCGUGCUGAAGAAAAGGGACCAAGUGCAAGCCGAGUACGAAGCCAAACUGGAAGCUGUGGCUCUGAGGAAGGAAGAGCGGCCCAAGGUACCAGCAGAUGUGGAGAAAUGUCAGGAUCGUAUGGAGUGUUUCAAUGCUGAUCUGAAAGCCGACAUGGAGAGGUGGCAGAACAGCAAGAGGCAGGACUUCCGGCAGCUGCUCAUGGGAAUGGCCGACAAGAACAUCCAAUAUUACGAGAAGUGCCUCAUGGCUUGGGAGUCGAUUAUCCCACUACUGCAGGAGAAGCAAGAGGCCAAGUAAGCUCCUUCUUGGGACAGAGACUCUCCUACCUAUGCAGGGCAUGGCGCCCACACUGGAAUGUCCCUGCAGUGCUAGAGCGGUGGCACCAAGAAGACAACCACAGAAACAUCUCUCUUUUGUGUAUUUCUUUCCCUUCCCCCCACCUUUGUCCGACAGUUGUUUUCAAUGAGUAUUUAUUCCUUGGUGGCGUCUGUAAGGCUGUCAUCAUCUCUCAGCAGAAGAAGCAUACCUCCGUGGUGUGAAGGAACCUGUUCGGUGGGACACUACGAAGAUUUGAAACUGAGGGACAAGACAGCCCUCAGCUGACAUUCUGACACCUCGUUACAGUCCCCUCUUUGGGGACAGCAGAGUUGCCUGCCAUGGAAGAGAACCCGGGUCCUGCUUUGCAAGGCCGUGAGGAAGGCAUGAACAGAAGGCAGCUCCUGCUUUCCGUGGAUGCACAGUGGCUCUGGAAUUGACCUCCAUGGGCCUUGACUCGUCUUGGCCUAGAAGGAGGUGUCGGCGCCUCCGUGGAAAGCCCUUAAUGUGCAGCGUAGCUCUGAGUGUGGCCUGCUGCCUGCCUGUCAUGAGUGACACCUGCGUUAUGGUUUCCGGUUCGCGUAGGACCGUUUAAUCAGUGUCUAGGUGCAUCCAUGCUGGAGCAAGCAAGCCAGCAUCCUUGUCCUUAUGCGAUGCCUUGGGAAGCUGAGGGGGCAGUGCUCCCCGAACUUGUUUCUGACACUAAAAUGUAGUAGAUUGGAAACUGUUUUGUGUAAAAUGAAAAAAAGGUGCAUUUUUCUCUGUGA